AUGGAUAUGAAGGCGGUAGUAGGCAUGAGAAGUGAGAUGGAAUUGAUGGACGAGAUAGGCAGUUGGUUGGGUUUUACAAGUAGCUACUGCUGCCUUGUUCUCAUCGUCAUCUUCUUCUUGUUCGCCGUUCCUCGUUGUGCAAUGUCUGUAAUUGAAUUGCUCAACUUUAUGAACUUCAAUGUCUUCUUCACCUUCCGUUACAAAUACAAUCCUACCACGAAGAAGGCUGCCGCAACAGUAACAGUACCCUAUUGUUGUGUGUGUCUAUAUGAAGCAGAAGAAGGGGAGAGGCUGCGGCGGCUACCCAGAUGCAAACACUGCUUCCAUGUUGAUUGCAUCGAUGCCUGGUUCCAAUAUCGCUCCACUUGCCCUCUUUGUAGAAAUGAGGGAGACCUUGUUUCGUCUUAA